AUGGCCCCGCACCCCUCCCCUACUGCCGUAUUUGAGAAGGCCUCGCAGGUGCUUCUCAACUACAAAGACAAAGGCAUCGGACUUUGCGAGAUCUCUCACCGCUCUCCAGAUGCCAACGAAAUCCUGGCCGACGCGAAACAGGCCCUCACUACUCUUCUGGACAUCCCUGAUGACUACGAGAUCCUGUUCCUGCAAAGCAGGGGCAGCGGUGAGUUCAGUGCGACCGUCUACAACCUGAUCGCGGGAGAGGUUGGCGAUGACAUGGCUGAAGUUUUGAAGCGCCUGAGAAAGGUGGUCGAUGAGGAGUUGAAGCUUGACUACCUCGUCACAGGCUCCUGGUCGCUAAAAGCCUCCCAAGAAGCAGCUCGUCUAGUCGGGGCGCAGCACGUUAAUGUUGCACUGGAUGCCAGAAAGGCAAACAAUGGGAAGUUUGGUAAGAUCCCACCCGAGGGCGACUGGAAUCUCACACCUCGAAAGUCGGACGGCGGUCCCGCCCUGGUUUUCUGCGACAACGAAACAGUCGACGGCGUCGAGUUUCCAAGCUUUCCCCGCAGCCUCGAGGGCGAGGAUGUUCUCUUAGUCUGUGCGGACAUGUCGUCGAAUUUUAUUUCUCGGAAGGUCGAUGUGCGAAAGUAUGCCAUUAUUUUUGGUGGGGCGCAAAAGAAUGUUGGCAACACUGGUAUUGCGAUGGCGAUACUGCGGAAGUCCCUGCUUGCGCCAGCCUCGACACCUGCAUCGCCAGAUUUACUGAGAGCGCUCAACUUGCCCGUAGGCCCCAUCGUCUUGGAACUCCUUGAAGCUAUUUCAAAUGACAAAGCAAGGCUGAUCUACGAGACGCUUGACAAAUACCCUAACGUCUAUCAAGUGGUCCCCGACAAGGCGGUCCGCAGCAGAAUGAACAUCUGCUUCAGGGUUCAUGGUGGUGAUGCGGAAAACGAGAAAUUGUUUCUUGCUGGCGCCGAAAAGAAAGGGCUGCUUGGUCUCAAGGGUCAUCGCAGCGUUGGUGGUAUUCGGGCAAGCAAUUACAAUGCGGUCUCUGCAGAAGGCGCAAAAGCGCUCGUGGCGUAUCUCGAGGACUAUGCAACAGCAGCAUGA